GGAUCGACGAUUCCUCUGAAGAUGCGUUUUUAGGUGAUAAAACUCUAGAUGGAUAUCAGAAGAAGAAAUACGUUUGCAAAUUGUUGUUCAUAUUUCUUCUGGGAAAUGAUAUUGAUUUUGGACACAUGGAAGCAGUUAAUCUUCUUUCAUCCAACAAGUAUACAGAAAAACAAAUUGGAUAUUUGUUCAUCUCAGUGCUGAUUGAGCAGAAUUCGGAUCUAAUGAAGUUGAUCGUACAAGCGAUUCGUAACGAUCUGACUUCUCGCAAUCCCAUCCAUGUCAAUCUCGCUCUGCAGUGCAUCUCAAAUAUCGGUAGUCGCGAUAUGGCUGAAGCGUUCUCAAACGAUCUUCCAAAAUUACUUGUUUCCGGGUAG